ACAAAACAAGAGAGAGAGAAAUUAAAAAAGGGAAAAACAGAGAAAGAGAGAGAAGAAGGAAGAGAAAACAGAGGAAAAUCUCAAAUGGCCACCAUUAGAGUACCAGAAGAAGUUCCUUCUCCAGCUCAGGAUUCCGAAACUCUCAAUCAAGCUUUUCGAGGAUGGGGAACAGACGAGAAGGCGAUUAUACGAGUGUUAGGAAAAAGAAACGAGAGCCAAAGAAGAAAAAUCAGAGAAAGUUACAAAGAGAAAUACGGCAAAGAUCUUAUCGAUGAUCUCUCCUCUGAACUGUCUGGUGAUUUCAUGAAAGCUGUGAUCUUGUGGACUUAUGAUCCAGCAGAGAGAGACGCAAGGCUAGCGAACAAGGUUUUGAAGGAGAAAAAGAAAGGGAUAAAUAAACUCAAGGUUCUCGUAGAGAUCUCUUGCACAACCUCUCCAACAUAUCUGAUUGCUGUUAGGAAAGCUUACUGUUCUCUCUUCGACUCAUCCCUUGAAGAACACAUUGCUUCCUCUGUGCCUUUUCCUCUUCCAAAGUUACUGGUGACCUUGGCAAGUUCAUUCAGAUAUGACAAAGACAAGGUUGAUGCAGAAGUAGCUACAAUCGAGUCAGCUAUGCUACGUGAAGCCAUAACAAAGAAGCAAUUGGAUCACGAUCAUGUCCUCUACAUAUUAGGGACUCGCAGUGUAUACCAGCUUAGACAAACUUUUGUUGCUUACAAGCAGAGUUAUGGGAACACAAUAGAUAAGGAUGUUGAGGGAUGCCCCGGAGAUGCUGAUCUGAGAAGUCUAUUGCAGAUGGUAAUCUUGUGCAUUGAUUCCCCUGAGAAACACUUUGCAAAGGUUGUGAGUGAGUCUAUUGAGGGAUUUGGAACAGAUGAAGAUUCGUUGACGAGAGCGAUCGUGACGCGAGCAGAGAUCGAUCUGAUGAAAGUAAGGGGAGAGUAUUUCAAUAUGUACAAUUCAAGCAUGGAUAACGCUAUUAUUGGUGAUGUUUCCGGAGACUACAAGGACUUCCUCAUCACCUUGCUUGGUUCCAAAAUCUGAUCUUUGUUUUGAAUUUUCAUAUUCUUGGCUUUUGCUUGUGACCUUGUAACAAAGACUUCAUUUUCCAACUCCCAUUUGAACAAUGUUAUUAUAAAAUAAUCAAACCACUACUCUUGGUUCUUGA